AUGUUUUUAAGAGAAAGUCUUAAUGUAAACUCUCAGACUCUCACUUAUUGUGGAUUGGAAGAUUUUGGCGGAGAAGUAGAUUCUUCUGAAUUAAAAGCUAAUCAUGCAUUAGUUUUUAUGUUCCAAAGUUUAGCUCUAAAUUUUACUCAACCUAUUGCAGUUUUUGCAUCUCAUGGUCCAGUUAAAGGUUUGGUUUUGGCCCAAUUGGUCAUUAAAGCAAUAUGCUUGUUGGAAAAUAUUGGAUGUAGAGUUGAAGGUGUGGUUUCAGAUGGGGCUUCAACCAACCGAAAAUUAUGGGUCGAACUUGGUAUAAGUGGUCAAAAGGAUAAUGUGUCUAAUUCAUUCCAAAACCCCUUAGACCCUAAACGACAAAUUUUUAUGUUUGCCGAUGCUCCCCAUCUCAUAAAAAAUGUUAGAAACAGACUCUAUAAUAAAAAGAGUUUAAGGGAAUCUCCCGAAAAGGCAUUUAUAAGAUGGUCUCAUUAUCAAGAUGUCUACAAUAAUGAUGUAAAUAGAAAUUUAAAUUCUCCAACAAGGGUCUGUCCUAAAAUUUCAUUAAGGCACAUAGAAGUUGAUGGGUUUAGUAAAAUGAGUGUCAAGUUAGCAACUCAGAUUUUUAGUGAUUCUAUGGCCAAGGGCAUAGAAUUCUACAGAGAGUAUGUUGGAAUUGAAUCUUUAAAAAAUAGUUAUGAAACACAAAUUUUUACUGACCGUUUCAAUAAACUUUUUGAUGUAUUUAAUAGAAAGCACCCUGGAGAAGGAAUAAAAAAAAAUAGUCUUGAUUUUCAGGUGUUAGAAGAUAAUCUAGUUUGGUUAAACCGUUGGGAAGAACAAGUAGAAACUAAAAAAAUAACCAAAGAUGAAUAUUUGACUCAAAACACUGCUGAUGGAUUACGUGUUACCAUUAAAUCAACAUUAGAACUGACAAAAUAUCUUUUAGAUAAAUGUGGAUUUAAAUAUGUUCUAACCUGCAAAACGAAUCAAGAUCGUGUAGAGCAAUUUUUUGGUAUGACUAGACAGGCUUCUGGACCUAAUGAGCACCCUAGUACACCCACAUUUCUCCAAGUGUAUAAAAUGUUAUCUAUCUAUUCUUUAUUAAAACCACCAAAAACUGGAAAUUGUAAAGUUUUAGAGCAAAAUACACAACAAACAAUUACAAUUAAUGAUUUUAAGUCUACUAUAAAUAUUGAGAAUGUUUCAGAGAGAAUUGAAAAAAUUGAAACCUUAAAAAAAAAACUUGACUCCUUAAUAAUAAAUGAUGUAGAUGUAGAUGAUAUAUUUGAUGGUAAUAUACAUAAUUAUUACAAGGCAAAUGUUGAAGACUGUGUGUUAUAUUAUAUUUGUGGCUAUAUCACUAAAAAUCUCACAAAGCAAAUAAAAUGUAAAGAUUGCCUUACUGUAAUAACUGGUAAAAAAACGUACUCCGAUAAACCUGAAGCUACAUUUCUCAAUAUAAAAUCACGGGGAGGUUUGACUUAUCCAAAUGAAUUCAUUUUUAGAUUGUUGACGGCAGUCGAAAAUUCAUUUGCAAAACAUUGCGAAAAUAAUAAUGUUUUUUUAUUAACAAUUGAUGACUUUUUCAAUAAUAAUAAGUCUAUUGGUUUCCCUUGCAAAAUACACAAGAAAGAAGUCCUGUCACACAUUAUUUCAAAUUUUAUAAUUAUGAGGAUGAGACAGUAUUCCCUAAUUAAUAAUAAAAAUAAACCAAAAAUGAAUGCAAAAAAAAAAAAGUUUGCUAAAUUGGUUAACACUUAA